AUGUCUAACAUUCCUCCGCCCGGUGGGAUACCGCCGCAUUAUCCUGGGUACCCACACCCGCCAGCACCAGGCGCCUUCACCUACGUGCCCACCCCAGUCGUGAUGCCAAUGUACCCACCACCGCAGCCAAAUCCACAGCAGCCAACUCAUGUCACCAAUUACUACUACCCGCCGCCACCUCCGUCGCAGAUACCUCCUGAACCUGAACCAGUCAUAGUUGUUCAAGACUCGGGCCCAGUGAUAGACUGGGCGCCGAGCACGCCAACAACGGCCAGUGCGUUGUCGGACCGCGCCUUAGUCGCUGGUAAGGAGGGCUGGGACAACAGCCCGCUGUGGGUCAUCAGAGCUCACCACGGUGGUGAUUUCGUGCCCGGGAAACUGGCCGUGCAACACCGCUCCGCGUACAUACCGCACGCUGGGAAAGAAGUGCCGGUGCAUAACUUCGAGGUCCUGUGUGCGCCUGCGCACGCAGUUCGUUGGGUGCAAGCUUCCAACGGGCAGGUGCCGGCGGGGGCCAUCGCAGCUGGGAAUACCCACAGCGCUGAGCCUCUCUACGUAGGAAGAGUGCAGCACAUGCGCUCCGUUACUCCGGGAAAGAUACAUCCAAGUCACGGCUGUUGCUACAUUUCAUUCGCUGGAGGGGAGGUGUCAUACAAGUAUUACGAGGUUCUCUGUAGUGUGGUUGGU